CCUCACCAAUCCCUACACUCCGUUUCGCGAUACCGUGAAAGCUGACCGAUGCAGCUCUUGAUACCGUCUCGGCGCGACCAUGGUGUCUUUUUUUGGAUUGAAGCUCGGUGCUGAUAAGAAGAAGAAAGCUGAGAAGGCCGUCGAGCAAAAGCCUCAAUGGAAGAAGAUUGACCAGAACCUCCUCGGUCAAGGCCAGUUCUUUGGAAAGGAUCUUGAUCGCCCCGUCCCCGUCAAUGGGUCCCGUCCCGGCACUGCCACGUCUAACAGGAGCUUCAUCGCCAGCUUUCGUCAGCCGAAAGCGCCAUAUCUGAAUGGUGGCUCAUCCUCGCUGGUCGAUCUUGGUGCGCCAGGCGGCGGCAAGGGUAUUAGGCCUGUCGGAUCCGAGGCUAACCUAAACAUGCGGUGGAAUAACAGCUCCGUCACAAGUCUGCAGAACAUUGCGAGUCCACCGAUCAUCACCGGUGUCAGUGGACCAGGAAGUAGAGCAGGGACCCCUACCUCCAUCAGUCGGAAGGUUUGGGUCAAUCCUCUCGACGUUCACUUCGCUCGUGACAAUGCUGGUUCGAGAAGUGAGGGCACCCUCAGCCCGGCUCCAAGUGCCGCGCCGAGUGGCUAUCACUCCACGACCAGCCUGUCCCCCCUUCCCACCCCGACCGUCGCCAACGCACCCCGGAGCCCGUUGGGCCAAUUCGAGUUCAACUUGAACCCGUCAGAAACAUCGAAAGAUGACAAGUUGACACCCGCUCCGCUCUCGCCCUCCAAGGCGUAUCCUUCUCCUCCUCUGUCCGUCAACGGCUCCCUUCCGCGAUUGAAGACUGAUUUCAAACCAAAGACGGCCGUAAGCACUGUCCAUGAGGUACAUCAGCCCAGACCAGCCGCACUUCCGUCUCCGACCGCAUCGGCAGGACGCUGCAGUGACGAAGAACAGCAGUUCUACCCCAGGCCCAUCAUCCAGAAUGUUGCAGCAAAACGAGACACACUUACCAUCAUCACGCCUCGAAAGCAAAGCUUUUCGAUGGAUAUCGACGAAGACCCGACGGCGCUCAGUCUCGGUAUGAGAGAGGAACAAAGUCCUACGGCCCCAGUGAGCCCGCCGCCGAAAAGCGCUCGGCGGCCGCGUCCUCCGGAAAUGAAGAGCCUGCCUCAGGUGCCCCGGGAUGCUGGACCUCCGGAAAUGAAGAGCCUGCCUCAGGUGCCCCGGGAUGCUGGACCUCCGCCCCCGAGGCCACAGCAGAUCCCGUACGAAGGGCCAUUGCGAUUCGCCGCUCAGGCUCCUGAUGAUGCGUUCAGUGUCAGACAACCAACGGGCUUGGAUCUGUGGGAGAAACCGAAACUUGAGCCGAGAGGGAGAGUGGACUCCGAUGCACGUGAUCGUCUUAACCUAGAUUACCAAGAACGGUCAGGCCCGAAUGGCCGGGAUAGGAGAGACUAUGAGGGCCGCACUCGCGACGACCGCCCUUACCUGCCGAAAGGAUAUCUCGGCCCUCCGCCCGUGUCGAGAAGGGUGGCGCCAGGUGAAGGCGAACGCAGCUACGGCAUCACGCCUUCAAACCGGCGUCGGCCUCCGCCACCUGUCGAACUCCAACGCAAGGCGCCCAGCCCACAGCCCCGACCACCGGCCUCGGACGACCGUGAUAUCCAGCACGGCAGCUUUGACACGGUCUCUCCUCGUAUGCAAUCGCCCCAGCCGUCGACUCCCAAGGGCUUGAUCCCGGAGCCUUCGACGGAUCCGAACUGGCCGCUGCCGAGCCCUCUGGCAAGCCCGACGUUCGGCACAGGCCACCGGCCGCAUACACCAAGUGAGAGGUCUGAAGCUCAAAUGAGCCCUGUGCGUGAAGGAGGUUUCGAUGCCCGACGGCCGGACUUUGGAUUGAGGGCGCCAACAGGGAUUGCUGAUGAAUUCCGCGUGGGAUUCAUCUAGGUGCGGGAUACCUUGGGGCGUGCAGGAUCGGGGAUCGGGGACCGGGGAUUUGGGAUCUGGAGGGCGAGAACAUACCAUACCACGUUUGCAUUGGGGUUUUCGAGUUGUU